AAUCUCCAUUAUCCUCAAAAUUCAAUGUUCACCCACUGACAAAAGAAGUGGUCUUCCAUCAGCCUCUUCCCCCAACAACCUACCUUUCUUGUCUCUCUGUUCAUCCUUCCUCUCUCUCUCUCUCUCUGAUGGUUUGGCUUUGAUGCUUUCUCUGUUUGAACAAUCAAAUCGCUUUGUACGAUAUGGGUUUGCUUCAUAGAAAGCUGAUAGUAGAUGGAUUCAAUUUAAACGUCUCACAGACACAGUUCUGUCGAUCAACAUGUGCUUCCCUCGUUUGUCCAGAACCAGAACUCUGUUUUAGUUUCUGCCCUGAAAUCUGCAAUUCUUCUCCACCAAGUAUUCCCUCCACGUUGGAUGAACGGUCAGAGAAACACCACAAGAUCUCGCCCUUCUUGAUCGCCACACUUGCAGUCGUCGCGGCCGGUUUUCUGGUUGUUUGCUGCUACGCCAUCUACACAAGGUACUAUUUACGCAGGCGGAACUCAAGCCGGAGGCCGCCACAGCGACAAACAGAGGCGUCCCAGGAAGAGUUCUCUGAUGAAGAUGAUGGACCUGUGGUGGACCACCCGAUCUGGUACAUCCGCACCGUCGGUCUUCAACCGUCGGUUAUCAGUUCCAUCACGGUGUACAAGUACAAAAGAGGUGAAGGUAUUGUUGAUGGAGCAGAGUGCUCUGUUUGCUUGAGCGAGUUUCAGGAAGAUGAGACGCUUAGACUUUUGCCCAAGUGUAGCCACGCUUUUCAUGUUCCCUGUAUUGAUAUGUGGCUUAGAUCACAUACCAACUGCCCCAUGUGCCGUGCGCCGAUCGUUAAAAGCACAGUCAAGUCGCCGGAGCCGGAGCCUAAUAUCGAUAAUUCCGGUCAAGGCGAAGAAGCCCAGGAGGUUGGAAAUUCAGAGAGUAGUGGCGGAUCCGGUAGAGAAACAGUUGAAGAAGUUCGUGAGUUAAGGAUUGGGAUAGAGGAGGAAGGCGAAUCAUCCGUAAAGAAUUCAAAUGAACAAGAAACCGACAUACAGCCGAUGAGAAGAUCAGUUUCGAUGGAUUCCUUGUCAGCUUCAAAGAUCAGCCGUGCUGUUGCAAAUAUUCUUCCUGUGAAGUCCGACGGGAAUUAUUCAGAUGCCCAAUUGGUAAAAGUGAUCGAAUACAAUACGAGAAUCGGUCCAAAGCAGAGAGUCGAAGGGAAUCAGAACUCGACGAGAUCAUCGGGUAGUUCUUCGAAAGGGAGAUCCCUGCCAAAUGGGCCUCUCCCUCUUUCCAUGAAGAGAUCGUUUUCCGGGAGCUGUGGCACGGUUUUCCGAAGCUUUUGAAAAUUUUCAUGGUGUCAGGUGAGUGAGUCGCCUGAAAAACUGUUUGUCUCAAAAACCUCUCAACAAGCUGAGGGUUUUUACAGAAUUUUACUUUCAUACAUCAAUAAUGUAACAAAGUUUAUAUAAUCAUAAUGUGUAAAUUGAGAUUGAUCCAAAAUGGGAUCCCUUUUUAUAUAAUCAUUAUGUAUUGUAACAGUUCAUAUAUAUAUAUGAAACUGCUUCAAUC